CCAAAAUAGACUUCACCGUCGCUUCUCCCUCUGCCCUGGCGCAAGCCUCUUGUGGUCGGUGUUGGCGUUAGCGUGUAUGCAGUUCCUACGCUACGUUGCCUAUCAUCAUCUCUCAACUCUUUCGGCCCGGAAACUCUAAAGAGAGCCUGCCAUGACCAGUGCCUUCCUCACACAUGUCGCACCUGACAAGCGACAGUCAACAGUUCAUCCCAUCAACCUCUCUCCUGAAGAGCGGAAGAGAAGGCACAUGGAUGACCUCCUCCACUAACUUAUAUAUAAGAUAUCUAUGUACUCCCAUCAGCGACAGAUUGCGGCCUUUACUCGCCUCCCGAGAGCCUUACCGCGCCUCUCUGAAGAAGAGGCCUACAUUGGGGGGCUCCAAUUCCAAGACAUGCGCCUUGACGUCAGCGACAAAAUGGCGAGUGAGAGUGGGCUUGAUAAUAUUCCUGAAACAAACCAGCUUGUCCCCCUAGUGCCGCCUUUUGCCUUGUCUCUUCUCCCCAUGAUCUACAACCCCGGUCAAGUACUCACCGGGUGCCGCUGCCCAAGGGUACUGAUGCCUGGCAACUUCCGCUCGUUUCUGAUGCCCAUCUCCACACUCAAAAUGACUGACUCUUCCUCAGCCCACUGGCAGCCUUAUCCCGCCAUCACCCAUGCGGCAACAGGCGAAGGUUUGAUGGAAAAUAUGCGGGCAAUUUUUCGGGGGGAAAACAAUACGCUACACCCGGAUGCGACUUUGGAGGAAAGCACCGCGUGCAACCAACAACGUUCGGUCAUCACGAAUGGAAGUCAGAGGAUUGGUUCACAUUCAUGACAGUACCCACGGGGUCCAAACCUUGGCCCAGGGACGCGGUACACCAGGCCUUACUGCUUGCUGUGCAACGUCACUCGACAACGAAUCCGACCAGGUGCCGGUAGUGGCGGGCACUGUUUCAAGCAUAUCGAGCCCUGUCUGACGGAGUAGUUCGCUCCGGUAGUUUGGGAGAAACAAAUACCGGUACAGGGCUAGUCGGUGACCCACCUUCGUCCUUCGGGCCUACCGACGUAAUGUAGCUUCGCUACUGGGCAUCUCGUCUCGUCUCCCGACUAGACUCCCUUGCUCUAAACGCUCGGUCUUCCAUGCAGGCAGCCGAGUGAUGCAUGGCCAUCGAAAGCCGUCGACAAUAAACAUUUCGCACACGCCAGCCCGAUCGGUUCAGGCGUAGGUCAGCCUGGGGAGGGCCAGCAUUUUCUACUGUUCCAGUAAACAC